UGAACUGGAAGUCAGAUAGUAUUCCCUGGAUAAUAAAGAUUCAUCUUGUAUCUAGAGUGACAAAUAUUAUCUGAAAAACAUCAUAUGACUUUUGCUGCACGUGACUUUAUUUACUGUUUGGAUAUUUCGUGGAAUAUCAGCGAAUACGUGUGCACAGUGAUUUUUAGUGUGCACCUGUGACAGAGACUUGGAGCUCCUGGAGAUCGAUGCAAUGGACAAGCUCGAAUAAUAAUAAAUAACGGGAUAUAUGGGUUCAUUCGUUUAUGUUCGUGGACGAACGGGAGAGAGAAUACAUAUGUACUUGAUGUACAGACGAUUGAACAUUAUAUGUAUUUGGGUUAAAGCUGUGUAUGUAUGAGUACUUGUGUUUUCAUUUUUUGUUGAGCAUUGUUGCACUGUGAAAAUAAGAGAAAUGUGGGGCUAGUGUAUGAGCGGUUCUUCAACUUAUAAUGCCUCUGAUCAACAGACUCUUUGCUUCGAGAAAAAAUAUUAAAACUAAUGCUGAUUGUAAAUUGCCAGUGGACAUUGGUACAGGAUUUCGUAUCAGGAAUACAUUGAAUUUUGGAGCAGAUCAGAUAAGAAUUCUUUUAUUUCGUGAGUGCGAAUGGCGAGGUAGAAAGUUACUGUUCGAUUCUGUCACUGCUGGAAGAAAUAAUGAAUCGAGCUCAACAACUUGCAACGGAGCAAACACAUCGUGUCCCAGGAGUGGAAAUGGACUUCCUCACGAGUGUGAGAAAGGGGUCUGCGAUAACGUAAAUCUCCUGAGUGAAAUGGUAUUUGGAACAGUAGCAAUGACAUACAGAGGAACCCUCUUCAAAAUCCACACAUUAGAAUUCCCACGUUGUAUCAUGUGCACCAAAGUAUUUCCAGCACCAGACCACGUGAUUCGCCGAAGCAACGAUAAAUUCGCGGAUGAUACCCUUAGAAUAUCAUUCUUAAAUAACAACAACAGUCAUAUCAACAGGAAUGACUCAAUUUCGAGUAAUGGAAGUACUCGAAACACCUUGUCAUAUCCCAGUUCAGGAAAUAUCUCUGGCAAUAUUUCCGGCAACAGCUUGAGAAAGAGCUCGACGUCUUCGAGCACUUGCAGUGGCUGGGAUUUCGAGGUGCCCUUAUUCCCAGCGUCACCUCAACCAGAAAAUAAUUCAAAACAAUCACUGGACUCCAACAGCAACAGCACAUCGUCAUCAGGUUUUGGUAGUUAUCCAAGUCUACGAAGAAGAUGGCUACGAGCUGUAUCAACAUCCCUAAAUCACACGGACAUAAAUCAUCAGAUGGACGAUAUUCUUGGGUUACAAGUUUGCGGAGACAACAGUGCACAAUCAUUAUCGAUCUCCACGUGCGAUGAUAUUUACGAAUCCAACAGAGGCCGGCAUAAAACAAGAUUGGGGCUCACCAUAAUGAUUAAGCUGACACCCGACAGAGAGAAGGAGAUGGAGCUCAGGCUGUUUGAACAUGCAUCGCAAUUGGAGGCAAUAUUGGACAGGCUCUGCCAGACGUGUCUGAAUACUGGAAAACAGAGGGGACUCAUUGAACGACUGCAUCAAGCCUCUUUUCGUUGCACCUGGUGGUUGCUGCGAUUACUCGUCACCAAGAAGGACAACGAAAAAGGCGACGGAUUGUCCAUAUGGCACGAGAUUAUUCUCAAUAAAUCGAUGUCAAUGGACAGGCGAAACAGUUUGCUUUAUCGAAAUUUUCAGCAGAUGUGUCAGCUGCUGGAUACAGUCGACACUAAAUCGACGAAUUUUUUUUUAAGUAGUCUCAUUACGGCGGUAUUGACUUAUCACCUGGGGUGGGUCAACAGCGCUAUGUCACUGGAGGAAAAAAAAUGGCUGGAGGCUGUGAGGACGAGGUAUCCUUGCAAUCCGCUGUGGAUACAGUUGAGCGACUUGUAUGGAACCCUGGGGAACCCAUCGAAGAGGGUCCACACGAUUGUCACCGGGGAUGCAAGCAAAUUAGACUUGAUUGAUGGAAUACUGAAGUUUCUUUCGUAUUUUAUUCGCAGUGCUAUUGUUAAAAGGCAUGAUUUUUAUCGGAGUACUUCAGGGGAGGAUAUCCAAGAGAGUAUUCGAAUUAUUGAAAAGAAAAUGAAGAGGGUAGUUUCACCCUUUUCACCCUCCAUGGCAUCGGCCUCGUCCUCGUCAUCGUCCUCCUCUGCGUCUUCGUAUUCCUCUCGUCUUCCUAGAUCCACGUCUCUACGAUCUCUCGUAAAUGUCAGCUCGACGGGUUCGUCCAUCGGUUGCUUGAAGAAAAAAACAACCGAGACGAGCAAAACAUUGAAUAAGUCGUGUGCAAUUAAAAAAAGUGAUGACUCCAACAUUCCAAGAUUGAAAAAAACCAUAAGUUUACAUAGAAAUCUUGAUUUAGAGAGCUUGAAUUGUAUGAAACUGGAGGAUAAAUUAGCAUUGAAGUUAGACUCGUGCCAGGAUGAUUUGGAUGGAACGGAUAAGGAUGUAAAUAAUUCGAGUCCAGUGAAGAUUGUUGUGAAUAGUGAUAAAAACAUGACGAAUGCAUUGACACUGGAUGAAUUUGUUGACAAAUCGGACUUGAGGAGCUCUCAAUUAUUCGUCACAUCCUCGAAAACAAUACCAUCGAUAUACCUUCAGAAUGAUUUCGACGUGAUGAAAGAGGUCAGUCAGAAUGCCAAUGCCACCGACGAGACGGAUGUGUACUUUUCCCAAAUUGAGUACGAGAGUGAUAAACAGAGUCAGGUUUUUUUCACUGUUGGUGGUGAUGAGAAGAGCGCUGACGUCAAACCAGAAGUGCAAAGUAAUCAAAAUUGCAGCUGUCAAUGCUCGUUUGCAUUUACACGAGUACCGAGCACUUCAGCUCAACUGCCGGAAGGGGUAUUGCGGAAAAUUCUUCAGAGAAAUUUUCCCGAGUCUUCCAAAAGCAUUCAACGGCCUGGAACGUCGUUGAGUAAAGACAGAUCAUUCGGGGUGACAUGUCCAAAAUGUAAUGGUUCGAAUGGAAAUGGAAAUUACGAAAAUAGUAAGCUCCUAUUAGAAACACCGACGAAUGCCACUGAAGUUUUGAGGACAUGUGGAGUAUCGACUAUUGGGAUACGACGGAGUCGUCGAGCUGACGGUCUCGAGAAACUUUUGGAGGAUAAUAACUUCAUCGAAUUGCCAAUGCCAAGGUCCAACAAUGAUACAUCAGUGGAAAAUCAGAAAGAAUUUGAAGAAAUUUCUGGAUACACCGAUACACUUUUGCAGAGGGCAAUGAAAAAAUUGGAGGGAGAAAUAGUAUCGCCAGACCUGCAGUACACAGCAGGACUUAUAAUCCAGGGUUUGAUAAAAAAAUCCAAUCAAAGUAGUAGCAAAGUAAAAAAAGAGAUGAAUCCACCAGCGAUGGACAGUCGAUUAUCAGAGUUGCUGGACGACAUCAGUAUAUCCAGCAGAUACCCUUUUUUCGAUUGCUCGAUAUCGGAGACUCUCUGUAUCGUUGCGGAUAUCGAUAAUUGGCAAGUUGGACUCAUCUCCAACACUUCGCCCAACGCUGCACCAUUGCCUGUUGGCAUGUCAAGGCUAGUCUCUCGAAUGCUAGAAGCAUUCCUCUACUUAUGGACAAGGGACAAAUCAUCAAUCCACUGUUUCACUAUUCUCGAAUCGAAAAUGCGAGAGAUGUGGCUCAGAAGUGGCGCUUUAGCCCAGAUGAUUAUGACAAUGGACGUCUGCAGCAUCAAUCUCGAUAGUUUAACUAGUGCUCUGGACCUAGAUGCUGCAGAUGUACCACUUUUACUAGCCGUCGCCACGACACACUCUCCACAAAUUGCCCAGAGAAUCGGCUUCACGUACACUUGAAUAAAUUAAAACGAAAAAAUACACUGAGAAGAAAUUUGUACAUACGUUAAAUAUCGUUAGUGAUUCUCAUGCCAAAUAAUUGAUUCAAUUUCAAUCGCAAGUGAUUUCACACUCAAGUGAUGCUGUCCCACUCUAUCGUGAAAUGAGGAUUGUAAAAAUA